AGUGUGUCGUGACUUUUUGGGCCACAAUUUAUGACCGCACCCGCAACGCGUUCGGGCUAAUUGAGUGAAAUUGCGCCCGAAGAAUGGUGGCCUCCCCGAAGAUGGUGGUGGUGCUGCUGCUGCUAGUGGUGCUAGGUCUGGUGGGAUCGGAUGCCCAACAGAACCUGGACGAGCUGCACCGGCCACAACUGGAUAUCCUCAGUCCACCGACCCCGGCGACCCCAGCCGCGGCCGGCGAACGCCAGUUCCGGGUGAUGUACGAGUGGAACGUGCUGGACUUUGCGUUCGCCGGGGAAGACGAGCGAUCGUACGCCUUGUACAGUGGCCGGUACAUCCCGAAGAACGUGCUGAUCUCGGACUGUAAGCCACACACGAAUCGGCUCUACCUGACCGUGCCACGGAUGCUGCCCGGUGUUCCGGCCACCCUCGGGUACGUGGUGCGGCCGGAGAAUAACGGACGGACCGAUCCGGAGAUCGUCCCGUAUCCGUCGUGGGAGAUGAACGAGCGCGGAAAUUGCUCGGCCCUCCAGUUCGUCCAGGGGAUCGCCAUCGACAAGCAGGGCACCAUGUGGGUGGUGGACUCGGGGCGUACCGAAACCCUGACCCGCGGAGCGGAUCACGUGGUUUGCCCACCGAAGCUGCUGCUGCUGGACCUGAAGCGCAACGGCACCGUCCUGUUGCGCUACCAGUUCCCCGAGUCGGUCGUCCCGGCCGGCAACAACUAUCUGAACAAGAUCGUCGUCGACGACGCGUACGGUGGGUUCGCGUACAUCACCGACAACAGUGGGGCCGAUCCGGGCAUCGUGGUCUUCUCACGUCGCCUGCUCCGCUCGUGGAAGGUCCGGGAGAACAACUCGAUGCGAGCGGCCCGGAACGCGGUCCGGUUCGCCGUGAACGGGACCGAGCUGAACUUUUCGAUCCACAUCGACAGCAUUGCGCUUGGGCCGUACUACAACCCAAACCUGGAAUCGGAAACGGAGAGCUCGCGGUCUGGGUUGGGAGCCGGGAGCCAGAACUACGAGCGGAACGUGUACUACAGUCCGCUCUCGAGCUACCACAUCUACUCGCUGCCGGCGUCCCUGCUCCGUGACCCGGAGUUUAAUGCACGGGCGACGCCGCGCGAUAUUCUCGAGGCCGUCACCGACUACGGCCGGAAGCAGUCGCAGACGGACGGGAUGAUCAUGGACAAUCAGGGCGUCCUGUACUACGGGCUGCUUGGGGAGCACGCGAUCGCCCGGUGGGACACGUACCGGCCGUUCACGGAGAAGAACCAGCAGAUCGUGGCCCGGGACGCCACCUACAUCCAGUGGGUCGACAGUAUGGGCUUCGACCACGAGGGCUACCUGUACGCGGUGGUCAACCGGCUCCACAACUUCGUCGCCGGCCGCCUCAACCCGCUCGAGGUGAACUUCCGUAUACUGCGCGCCAAGACGGCCGGCCUCAGCUACGUCGAGACGCCGGACAAUCCGUUCAACAGUGACACCAAGUAUCUGUAUGGGGACGGAGCCAGUCUGUCCGGUGAACCGUUCGACAACGGACUCCGGUUCCAGUACGAGGGUACGACGCCGGCCUCGAGCCGGCUCGCCGCGGCCGGAGUUUUUGGUGCCCGAUCCGGUGCCACCAGUUCCGUUGUGUCCGUCCUGUUGCUCCCUAUGCUGCUCGUGAGCGGUGCGCUCGGUGUCCUUGCGGUUUAAGCGGCCAGCUGACGGAUCGAUGACGUCACACGCUUCCGCAUUCACGGUUCCGCAUCAGUAUUGUACAUAGUUUGAGGUUAAGUGUAAAUACGCGCGAUCCUCGCGCCCGAUCGAUUUCAUGUUGAUUUUAAUGUUUGGGACCAUUUGGCGAGAGAGCCAGACAGAGAGAGAGAGAGAGAGAGAGGGAGAGCGCAGAGUGAAUAAAGUUUAUCUAUUUCUAUCACA